AGUCUACUACGCCUCAGGUUCAUUUUGAGCUACAAGGGUAUUCCAUUCGUGACUGUCUGGGUCGAAUACUCAGACAUCUCGAUCUCUAUGAAGGCCAUCGGUGCAAGGCCAAACAAACGUUCAGAUGGCACCGAUGUUUACCCCGUCCCCGUCCUCAGCGACCCUAACACCGGUGCCCUCAUCACUGACUCCCUCGAAAUCGCCUCCUACCUCGAAAAGACAUAUCCCGAGAAGGCCAUUUUCCCCCACAACUCAGAAUCCUUGAUACGCGAGUUCGACUCCGCCCAUUUCAGACUCGUUAUACCUGCUGUAAAGUUUAUCUUCGCACGCUCCACAGAAACAUUGAGUCCCGCCAGUGCGAAGUUCUUCAUCGGAGUUCGUUCGAUAGACGUCCCGCUGCCUUGGGAUGCGAAUUACAGUGAAGACUGGGCCCUACUAGAGAAGGGGUACAAUACUGCGCAUGAAUGGUACCAGAAGACAGACGGGAAGUGGUUGAUGGGCGACACUUUUUCGUAUGCAGAUAUCAUCGUGGCUUGUUGUUUGCUGUGGUUCAAACGAGUUUUGAAGGAGAAUGAGUGGGUCAGGAUCAGUCCUUGGAAUGGAGGGAAAUGGACCCAACUUCUUGCGGAUGCCGUCUCGAUUCGGAAACAUCGCAAGACAGCCGCACCUAUGAAAAUUAUAUGUUUACUGUUGCUUUUUGUGCUCCUCUAUUUAAUUUCACCUCGCGUGGGCGCAGGGUUUAAGAUUGUGAAUGUCUGAGAUCCUCUGGGCGAUAGUGCGACUCCGAUAGGUCGGCUUAGGCUUGACCUAGCUAAGGGGGCUCGGGCCCACAUAACAUUGAC